UAUAUUACAUCAUGAAGAUGCGGCAGAUGGCAAAAUUGGUUUUAUUUGCCAUUUCUGUUCAAAUGAUGGUCAAGUUCGGCAAUACUUUGCUUGCAACUACCCACGCCCCCAUAAUUGCCAAGAACGGGGAGAGCGUCACGCUGCCAUGCUCCCAUGGAUGGAAUCUUUCUAGAGCCGAGGACAGGAAAGACCUGGAUCAUGCCACCUGGUUCUUAACUAAUCCAGACCGUACUGACACUGUCGCUUCUCACGAAUGUCCAGACGAUGACCCUAAAUUAUGUAAGACAAGGACAUCGAAUAGUCAGGUCUCCCUUGACCUUGACUUCGAGAACCAGACAGCGAAUCUCAUCAUCACAAAUGUCCAGAGCACGAACAGCGGGGUGUAUUUCUGUUUGGUAGUGACCGUCAAUGGUAUCAUCCAAACCUCAGUCAAGCUCACUGUUAGUGGGUCCGAUGCAUCAGUACGCAUUACGUCAUCGGGCGGUCAUCCGUCCGACGAUCCAGGCAAAUUAAUUGUCACGGCCAAUACCAGUGAAACACUAAAAUGUUCUGCUUAUGUGAAAAAGGGCUCCAUCGGCACACUCACCUGGAAAGCCCAAGAUCUCAAUUUGCAAGAGGAAAUUCAAAAGAAGUUUAGCAUCAGCGAUGACGAAGAUUAUGUGACGUCAUCAGUGACGUUUCACCCAACACAUGCUGAUAAUGGUAAAUGGAUAGAAUGUGGAAUCAGGGAAAGCGAAAAAUCACCGAGACGAGUCCGGUUGGUGGUCAAAGAUAAAACAGAUACGUCAUCAACGGGUAACCCUCUUAUCCCAAUAAACAAUGAAACUUCGAGCCAAGUAUGUUUUCAUCGCCAAAGUCGGAAGGCUAAUAACUCCUCUCGGAACAAUACCUGUUGCCAUGCGAGAGAUAUUGUCAUUCUGCCUAGUAUUUCAUCGAAUGGGGAUAUCGCUAUUUUAUGCUGCACAGGACGUGAAGUUGGGUCAUGCCACUCUCUACAGUUCAACAUUGCUGGAGAUAGCAAGUCUGACGCAGAGCAAACGGGGAGUCAGUCCAGUCAUACCAUAGCAACAAUUAUGUCCAUCUCGCUUUAUGUAAUCAUUGGAGCCGGUAUCCUUAUCAUUCUAUCUGUCUUCAUCUGGAGGAGAAGAAAAGUUUUCUUAGGAUUUCUCAGGUGUCGAAAGGAACAUGUAUAUUGUGAUCCCCCUGACCUGCCGGCAAGAGUGACAUCGUUACCGCCUCCUCCUCUAUCGUGGAUUGAAUACGAAGACGAAGAUGGUUCCUUUAUGACGUCAUAUGAAGAAUGCAACUCGAUCAGGGAUGACGAACUGCAAGAGCUCUCGACCACCUUCCCGGCCACGCCCCGGGAGCACACCGCUCUCUCAGCCGAACGAUAUCGACACUCAGUCGGCGGGGGCUUCGAGACUCUGAAGUGGUCUACGCCAAUUUUCCAUUCACAAAUGUUCUUUCGCGGAUAA